AUGAUGUCCAGAUCUGUAGACAGCCUCUACCUCAAAGUGACCAGAUUCAAGAUGUCUGUUCCAGCAGACAGCAUCAAAAACAAAAAGCUGCUAAAAAAGAAAACCAAAAGGCUGAUUAUGAAAAACUGCCGAUUUCGAGAUCAGCUCUUGACUUUCUACGUGGAGGAUGUCUUUGGGAGUCAUCAUCUCCCGGCCGGCGGAGAGGUGAGGAUCGUCGAAGACUUCCAGAGGCUGAAAGAGGCCUUGGAGCGAUGCGUUCCAUGUGCGCCUUCCUCUAGAGAGAUGAAGCCCAUUACCAAGAUAAAGGAACUCUUUUAUAAGCUUGGAAACAAAGGAGUCUACAAAGCCAUCGGUGAACUCGAUAUACUCCUUCCGUGGAUCAAAUCCUACAUAGAUAACUUUAAAUAA